AUGGCGGGCCAUAACUUCGAUUACGAUCCAGCGCUCCUCAAAUACAACAGUGUGAUUCAAAGUAGACACAAGUACUUCAGAUGGACGGGCCGAACAGCGAGAAUCACGUUUGCGUACAUGUUUCUUUUCCCGGCUUUCAUUGGGGUUUUAGCAUACAGAUAUGAGGUUUGUAACACUCGUGCUGGGUAUCGGAAUUGGUAUUGA